CAGAUUAACCCACCAUCAACAAAUAUAUUAGCGUUAAAGGGUAAUUUUUUUAUUAUUGCUCAGUCUCUACUUGGACCGAACUGGUCAAUUUCUGGCAAGUAAUUAGUGGUGUUUGUGAGAAAUAAUGAAGGUUUUGGGUGUCGCAUGUUUAUUAAUCUUGUCUGUGUACGGGGGACAUUACAUAAUCCCCGGACACCCCCCUUUCGACGCCUACCACGACCUGCACCUCCCUCACAACCCCCCAUUACACCCAACUUGGGCCCGAGUGCCCCACACGAGUUUUACUUGUCUGGGGCGCAACCCCGGAUAUUACGCCGACAUCGAAACCGGAUGUCAGGCUUAUCAUCGUUGUGAGUACAAUUCUGCAGCAUCAUUCCUGUGCACAAAUGGGACUUUGUUUAACGAACAGUUCCAAGUCUGCGACCAGUUUUACAACGUCAGGUGUGGCUCGCCGUACAUAGAUUUGUAAUGUUUCACUCUCAUUAAAUUAUUUAUUGGC